GUUAGCUUUUGAGCGUCCUGAGCUCUGCACCCAAGGCCGCGAGCGGCAGCGGCGGCUGCUUCGACAGCCUGAGGGCAGCGCGAUGGGAGACGAGAUGGACGCCAUGAUCCCCGAGCGGGAGAUGAAGGAUUUUCAGUUUAGAGCACUGAAGAAAGUGAGAAUUUUUGACCCCCCUGAGGAGUUGCCCAAGGAGCGCUCGAGUCUGCUUGCCGUGUCCAAUAAAUAUGGUCUGGUCUUUGCUGGUGGAGCUAGUGGGUUGCAGAUUUUUCCCACUAAAAAUCUUCUUAUUCAAAAUAAACCUGGAGAUGAUCCCAAUAAAAUAGUUGAUAAAGUCCAAAGCUUGCUGGUUCCUAUGAAAUUCCCAAUACAUCACCUGGCCCUGAGCUGUGAUAAUCUCACACUCUCUGUGUGCAUGAUGUCUAGCGAAUAUGGUUCCAUUAUCGCUUUUUUUGAUGUUCGCACAUUCUCAAAUGAGGCUAAACAGCAGAAACGCCCAUUUGCCUAUCAUAAGCUUUUGAAAGAUGCAGGAGGCAUGGUGAUUGAUAUGAAGUGGAACCCCACUGUCCCCUCCAUGGUGGCAGUUUGUCUGGCUGAUGGCAGUAUUGCUGUCCUACAAGUCACAGAAGCAGUGAAAGUGUGUGCAACUCUUCCUUCCACAGCAGCAGUGACAUCUGUGUGCUGGAGCCCCAAAGGAAAGCAGCUGGCAGUGGGAAAACAGAAUGGAACUGUGGUCCAGUAUCUUCCCACUUUGCAGGAAAAAAAAGUUAUUCCUUGUCCUCCGUUUUAUGAGUCAGAUCAUCCUGUCAGAGUUCUGGAUGUGCUGUGGAUCGGUACGUAUGUCUUCACAAUAGUAUAUGCUGCUGCAGAUGGGACAUUGGAAACGUCUCCUGAUGUGGUGAUGGCCCUACUACCGAAAAAAGAAGAAAAGCACCCAGAGAUAUUCGUGAACUUUAUGGAGCCGUGCUAUGGCAGCUGCACGGAGAGACAGCAUCAUUACUACCUGCAUUACAUUGAGGAGUGGGAUUUAGUGCUGGCAGCAUCUGCAGCUUCAACAGAAGUUAGUAUUCUUGCUCGACAAAGUGAUCAGAUUAACUGGGAAUCUUGGCUACUAGAGGAUUCUAGUCGAGCAGAACUGCCUGUGACAGACAGGAGUGAUGACUCCUUGCCCAUGGGAGUUGCCAUAGAUUAUACUAACCAGGUGGAAAUCGCCAUCAGUGAUGAAAAGACUCUUCCUCCUGCUCCAGUUCUCAUGUUACUAUCAACAGAUGGUGUGCUUUGUCCAUUUUAUAUGAUCAAUCAAAAUCCUGGGGUUAGGUCCAUCAUGAAGACACUAGAGCGGCUGUCAAUAGAUGGAGAACGACAACCUAAGUCACCAGGAAGUACUCCUACUACUCCAACCUCCUCUCAAGACCCACAAAAACUUGAUGCUUCAGCAGCUGCAGCCCCCACCUGUCUUCUGCCUUCAUCGCCUGCUGCUCCCAUCUCCACCUUCUCUUUGCCUCCUGCUGGUGGAGCCCCUGCCAUGGUCUCCUUUGGUUCUUCAUCCUUGAAAUCAUCUGCUUCUGUCACUGGGGAGCCCCCUCCAUAUUCAAGUGGCUUCGACAGUUCCAAAACAGCUCUGGGCUCCGGCACAUCUCCCUUCUCAUUUGCUCCUCCUUCUAAAGCCUCCCUGGCCCCCACCCCUGCAGCAUCUCCCAUGGCCCCAUCAACUGGUUCAUUUUCCUUUGGAUCAUCGAGUUUUAAGCCUACCCUAGAAAGCAUACCAAUGCCAAGUGUGUCUGCUCCAAAUAUAGGAAUAAAGCCCUCCUUCCCUCCCUCAGCAUCUGCAGUCAAGGUCAACCUUAGUGAAAAGUUUACGGCCGUGGCUACCUCUGCUCCUACUAAUAGCUCCCAGAGUGCACCCUUGAUGCUGCCCUUCUCUUCCACUCCCAGGCCAGCUGCUUCUGCACCUCUCAGCCACCCCACGCCUCUCUCAGCAUCAUCCAGUUCCUUGUCAUUGAAGACCUCAGUCUCUCCCUCACCAUCAGCAGGACGAUCUGCUCAGAGCAGUCCAAAUCCAGUGCCCUCAAUGGUACAGAAAUCACCCAGGAUAACGCCUCUAGUGGCAAAGUCAGCCUCUCCCCAGGCUAAGUCACUUCAGCCUCCUGUUACAGAAAAGCAGGGACAUCAGUGGAAGGAUUCAGAUCCUGUGAUGGCUGGAAUCGGGGAGGAGAUUGCACACUUUCAGAAGGAGCUGGAAGAGCUGAAAGUCCGAACUUCCAAAGCCUGUUUCCAAGUGGGCACCUCUGAGGAGAUGAAGGUUCUGCGCACAGAGUCAGACGACUUGCACACUUUUCUUCUGGAGAUUAAAGACACCACAGAGUCUCUUCAUGGAGAUAUAAGUACCCUGAAAACAACUUUACUUGAGGGCUUCGCAGGGGUUGAAGAAGCCAGAGAACAAAAUGAAAGAAAUCGUGACUCUGGGUAUCUCCAUUUACUUUAUAAGAGGCCACUGGAUCCAAAAAGUGAAGCUCAGCUCCAGGAAAUUCGGCGUCUUCAUCAAUAUGUGAAAUUUGCUGUCCAAGAUGUGAAUGAUGUUCUAGACUUGGAGUGGGAUCGGCAUCUGGAACAAAAGAAAAAACAAAAGCGCCUGCUUGUACCAGAGCGAGAGACACUGUUUAAUACCCUAGCUAACAACCGGGAGAUCAUCAAUCAACAAAGGAAGAGGUUGAAUCACCUGGUGGACAGUCUCCAGCAGCUCCGUCUUUAUAACCAAACUUCCCAGUGGCGCCUUGCCUCGGCUGUUCCUUCCCAGAGCAGCACUCAAAGUUUUGACAGUCACCUUGAAAGCCUGCGCAAUGCUUUGUUGAAAACCACCAUAGAAUCUCACAACAAACCCUUGCCCAAAGUACCAGCUAAACUGUCCCCUGUGAAACAGGCACAACUGAGAAACUUCUUGGCCAAGAGAAAGACCCCGCCAGUGAGAUCUACUGCUCCAGCCAGCCUGUCUCGAUCAGCCUUCCUGUCUCAGAGAUAUUAUGAAGACUUGGAUGAAAUCAGCUCAACAUCAUCCAUCUCCCAGUCUCUGGAGAGUGAAGAUGCCCGAGCAUCCUGUAAAGAUGAGGAGGAGGUGGUUCAAGUCCCUCGGCACGCUCCUGUGGUUCGCACUCCUUCCAUCCAGCCCAGUCUCUUGCCCCAGGCAGCACCUUUUGCUAAGUCUCACCUGAUUCAUGGUUCUUCGCCUGGUGUGAUGGGAACUUCAAUGACUAUGUCUACUAGCAAAAUUAUUCCUCAAGGGGCUGACAGCACAAUGUUUGCGACAAAAACCGUGAAACAUGGUGCACCUGGACCUUCCCACACCAUCUCAGCUCCCCAGGCAGCUGCUGCUGCAGCACUGAGACGGCAGAUGGCCAAUCAGGUGCCAGCUGUAAGUACGUUGACUGAAUCAACUUUGAAGAAUGUCCCUCAAGUGGUAAAUGUGCAGGAGUUGAAGAAUAAUCCUACAGCCCCCUCUGUAGUGAUGGGUUCUUCAGUGCCAUACUCUACAGCCAAAACACCUCAUCCAGUGUUAACCCCAGUGGCUGCUAACCAAGCCAAGCAGGGGUCUCUCCUAAAUUCCCUAAAGCUAUCUGGGCCCACACCAGCAUCCAGUCAGUUGUCAUCUGGUGAUAAAGCUUCAGGGCCAGGGACAGCUAAAGUUGAAACAGCUGUGACUUCGACCCCCUGUGCUGUUGGGCAGUUCAGCAAGCCUUUCUCAUUUUCUGCAUCAGGGGCUAGCUUUACUUUCGGGAUAAUCACACCAACACCGUCUUCUAAUUUCACUGCUGCACAAGGGACAACACCAUCCACUAAAGAGUCAAACCAGCUGGAUGCAUUCUCAUUUGGUGGUGGAGGCAAACCUUUUUAUGAGACCAUCCCUGAAAGCUCACCUCCCUCAGGAAUCACAUCAGCAUCAAAUAUCACAGGAACUGCCGUGGCUUCUCCUGGGGAGUCUGCUCCAUCUACCAGCAGACCUGUGGCACCUUCUGGGAUUGCUCUUUCCACCACCUCUAGCAAGCUGGAAACUCCGCCAUCCAAGUUGGGAGAGCUUCUGUUUCCAAGUUCUUUAGCUGGAGAGACUCUAGGAAGUUUUUCAGGACUGCGAGUUGGCCAAGCAGAUGAUUCUACAAAGCCAGCCAGUAAGGCUUCAUCCACAAGCCUAACUAGUGCUCAGACAACCAAGACUUCAAGUGGACCCUCAGGAUUUAGUUUUACUGGCCCUCCAGUAUUAGGGAAGCAUGUGGAGCUCCCUGUGACCUCUGUAACUGCUACCACAGUAGCACCACUAGCAGCCACCAGCACAGGCACCAGUUCCUCAACUGGUAUUUUUGGCAGUCUGCCACUCAUGGGAUCCCCUGGGCUAAUCAAUUUUGGUGGGACAUCUCUAAGUGGUAGCAAGACUAGUUUUUCAUUUGGAAGCCAGCAGACCAGUAGUACAGUGCCCCCAUCUGCCCCACCAUCAACUACAGCUGCCACUCCCCCUACAACAUCGUUCCCCACAUUGUCAUUUGGUAGCCUCCUGAGUUCAGCAUCUGCUCCCUCCCUGCCUGUGUCCAAAGACGAUGCUGUGCCAUCAACUUUGCCUGAGAAGCCAGGCAACAUUGAGGUCUCAGCAUCAACAACCUCACUUCCAGGGCAGCCGCAGUCAGCCCAAGUUCCCCAGGCUCCUCUGCAAACUUCUGACUCUGUUAAAAAAGAACCUGUUGUUGCCCAGCCUGCAGUCAGCAACCCUGGCACUACAGAGUCUAGCACCAGCGUCAUAGCACCUUCUGCAGAGGCCACUCCAGCAGCCACUGGGGGCCCCGACGUCAAGACAGAGGCAGUGUCUCCUGCUUCCACUUUUUCAGUGCCUGGGCAGGUUGCUGUCACAGCACCUACAAUCACAAGUGCAGGCCCAGGGGCCGUCGAAACAUCAAGCACCCCCACACCCUCCAGCACUGUUUCUAGUGUUGCUCCAGGCCCAGCUACAGAGACAGCAGUGUUUGGGACUGCCACUUCUGGCUCAUCAGUCUUUACUCAGCCACCUGUUGCCAGUUCUAGCUCAGCUUUCAGCCAGCUCACCAGCAAUACAGCCACUGCCCCCUCUGCCAGCCCCAUGUUUGGGCAGGCAGCAGCCAGCACCUCACCAAGUCUGUUUGGGCAGCAGACGGGCAGCAUAGCCAGCACAGCAGCUGCCACGCCUCAGGUCAGCAGCUCAGGGUUUGGCAGUCCAGCUUUUGGCACCUCAGCCUCAGGGGUUUUUGGACAGACCACCUUUGGGCAGUCCCCGGCCUUUGGGCAGUCGACGAGCAGCCCCGCAAGUGGCUUUUCCUUCAGCCAGCCUGGGUUCAGUUCCGUGCCUGCUUUCGGCCAGUCUACUUCCUCCACCCCCACAUCUACCAGUGGCAGUGUCUUUGGUGCCUCCUCAAAUACCAGUAGCAUCGGCUCUUUCUCUUUUGGACAGUCAUCUGCCAACACAGGAGGGGGGCUGUUUGGCCAAAGCAAUACUCCUGCUUUUGGUCAGAGUCCCAGCUUUGGGCAGGGAGGUUCUGUUUUUGGUGGUACAUCAGCCACUACCACAACAGCAGCAUCCCCCGGGUUUAGCUUUUGUCAAGCGUCAGGUUUUGGGUCUAGUAAUACUAGUUCUGUGUUUGGUCAAGCAGCCAGUGCUGGUGGAACAGUCUUUGGCCAGCAAUCAUCCCCUUCCAGUGGUAGCGUGUUUGGGUCUGGAAACACUGGAAGAGGGGGAGGUUUCUUCAGUGGCCUUGGAGGGAAACCCAGCCAGGAUGCAGCCAACAAAAACCCAUUCAGCUCGGCCAGCGGGGGCUUUGGGUCUACAGCCACCCCAAAUACUUCUAACCUGUUCGGAAACAGUGGGGCCAAGACAUUUGGUGGAUUUGCCAGCGCAUCAUUUAGAGAACAGAAACCUGCUGGCACUUUUAGCUCUGGAGGAGGAAGUGUGGCAUCCCAAGGCUUCGGGUUUUCUACUCCAAAUAAAACAGGUGGCUUCGGUGCUGCUCCAGUGUUUGGCAGCCCUCCUACUUUUGGGGGAUCCCCUGGGUUUGGAGGGGUGCCAGCAUUCGGUUCAGCCCCAGCCUUUACAAGCCCUCUGGGCUCGACGGGAGGCAAAGUGUUCGGAGAGGGUACUGCAGCUGCCAGCGCAGGAGGAUUCGGGUUUGGGAGCAACGGCAGCACCACGUCCUUUGGCACCCUCGCGAGUCAAAACGCUCCUACUUUUGGCUCCCUGUCCCAACAGACUUCUGGUUUUGGGACCCCGAGCAGUGGCUUCUCUGGUUUUGGAUCUGGUGUAGGAGCAUUCAGCUUUGGAUCAUCUAACUCGUCCGUCCAGGGGUUUGGUGGCUGGAGAAGCUGAGGGGUGGCGGUGUUCCUCGCAGUUCCUGUGACCACCUGCAUUCUCAGCUCCCUUCACCAAGAAGCGCUGGAGCAGGCUGUUAAAAAUGGACAUUCUCACUGAAACACACAGCCAGAAGGGAACAAAAGAAACCAAAACUCAAGAGAUGCUGGAUUGCUUGUUCUGUUUUACACUUCAUUUUUGGGUUUCUGCCCUCUGCUAUUAAACUGUUUGGUCUGUUUCUAUACAGAAUAUAUGUGGGGUUUUUUUAGGUCUCAGCCCAGUAGAGAAGUUUCCCCUUUCUGUGGCUCUGAGAACCCGGCACAGCCUCCAUCAGCCAGCAGUGUGUGUUCAAGGAUGGCGUCAAAAGUAGCCGGCGUGGGGUGUUGGUAAAGAAGGGGAGUGGGCUCUGCCCAGGCCUCACCUGCUCCUGGAGCCCUCCA